AUGGAUGUCGCCGGCGCGAGUUGCAGGAGCGAGGCUUCUUGGAAGGAGAUGUCUAAAGAGGAGCUGGAGACUCAGUACACCCCCAGCAGCUGGGUCAUCCGACGGGGAGCAGAGGAGACCCUGAGGACCUACUCACAGAUAGGAAAUGAGGCCACCAAGAGGGCCCAGGCCACCAGGGGGAGCCUGCUGCACAUCCCCUAUGGACACAGGGAAGGAGAGAGACUGGACAUCUACUUUCCUGAGGAAGAGUCUGAGGCUUUGCCCUUCUUUGUGUUUUUUCAUGGAGGAUACUGGCAGAGUGGAAGUAAAGACUCAUCAGCCUUCAUGGUCAGCCCACUGACAGCCAAGGGAGUGGCCGUAGUGGUAGUGGCUUAUGACAUUGCCCCCAAAGGCACCCUGGACCAGAUGGUAGACCAGGUGACCCAGAGCGUCGCCUUUGUCCAGAAGCGGUAUCCGUGCAAUGAGGGAAUUUACCUGUGUGGACACUCAGCUGGGGCCCACCUGGCCGCCAUGAUGCUCCUGGCCAACUGGACCAAGCAUGGAGUCACGCCCAACCUCAAAGGCUUUCUCCUGAUAAGUGGCAUCUACGACCUGGAGCCCAUUGUGCACACCUCUCAGAACGCUGCUCUCCUCAUGUCCGUGGAGGACGCUCAGAGGAACAGCCCCCAGCGGCACCUGGAGGUGGCCCUGACACAGCCUGUGGAUCCAGCCUGCCACAUCCUGGUGAUUGUGGGCCAACAUGACACCCCUGAAUACCACCGACAGUCAAGGGAGUUUUAUCAGACUCUGCACCGAGGAGGGUGGAAAGCCUCGUUUGAAGAACUUGAUGACGUGGAUCACUUUGAGAUCAUUUGGAACCUAACCCAGAAGGACUAUGUGCUCACCCAGAUGAUUUUGAAAACCAUCUUCCAGGAGUCCUGACAGACCUGCACCCUCGCUGGUGUGCACCCGAUCGUGAAGCUUCUGCAAAGACCGUGACCGCUUCCCCUUCCCACCAGCCCUC